GGCACAAAAGUCGCAACGCAGGAUGAGACCCAUCCAAAGAAUGAGAGAAAUAUUCCUCCCAGGUGAACCUUCGUGUUACAGCUCCAAGCCAUGCUGGUGCUGUGUGAGUGAGCUGUGUGCCGGUCACGAUGAAUUUGGGUGUUUGAGCAGAAGCUUUUGGUAUUAACUCUUUUGAAGCUGUGCUACAGAGUAGGUUUCCAUGAAUCUGUUCUUUCAGUUGACGGGCUGUUGACUGAGAGCUAUUAUUUGUUUCUAGCUUUCAGAGGAGUAGCGUGGGGGAAAUUCAAACUUAUACCACUAAUUCCUGGGUGUGGCAACAAUUAUUUUCAUGUUUUGUUGGUUUUACUGGAUUAAAAAAAAAAAAAUUACUGGCAGGAGUGCCUUCUAGCAGUCCAGCCAAUUCAGUGCUGUGCAGUAGGGCAUCAAAUGAUCAGCCCCUACCAAAAGUAUGUAAGCAUACAUGAAAACAGCAGCUGUGGGACCCUGCAACUACUGCAGUGUGGGUCCCAAACAAAACGCACUAACAUAGCCCAGCCCAGCUCAGCACUUGGAGGCAGAUUCAGCUGCUGCCAACAGGCUGGGAGGAUCUCCUGAUCACUGCCGCUGAGAUUCCAACAUGCAAGUGGGUCUCCACCGUGCAUUCAGCUACUGAGGGAUGGACGUUGCGGUACUCGGAUCAAGUCUGGUCUUAUGCUUGGUCGUCAAGUGUUUUUCUCUCCAAUCAUUUAGUGCUCCUCACUUGGCGGUCAUCUGGCAUGGCUGGCCAGGCUUUUUAAGGUUAAAGUCAGUUCUAUGAGCAAUACUUAAAAGGCCCUCCGUUGACUUUUCUAUCUGUACUCCCUAUCCAGCUGAUCCUGCCAUGAAUCAACUCCUCCAGAAGCCAGGUGUGAGGGCAGGUGGAGUGAGCAACCGAAGUGCAUUUCACCAUUGAUGAAAAGGGGGAGAGGGAAGCAGAGUAAAGGAAAAAGCAGGACAGAGAACUGGGAGAGCAGAUGUGGGAAGGGGGAAGAAGGGGAAUGUGGAGAGAAGGAGGCAGAGGAACUGGGGGUCUGUGCCGGGUGGAGAGCAGUACAAUAAUGCAGAGAGGAAGAAUGGAACUGGUGCAGUCAGAUUGGUCUCAGACAACACAUCUGAGAGGAGUUUUCCCUAAAAAAAGGUUCGGUGGGGGAGAGGAGGGUCUGGCUGUCUGUGCAGACAGUGUCACAGUGCACUAAAGUCUACCUAAUUACAACGGGCAGCCAGUCCCAUUUUGUUCUGGCCACCACUCCAUACGCAAGACGGUUUAGCAAAAGACUGACUAACCCGCCCCCACCAGGCCUCAGAAACCCGGCAGUGAGAGGCUUGGCAGAGAAAGUACCUCUGGACAAAUGGUAGCUCCAAGAACGACUGGGAUGGGGUGUUGAGAAGAACCCUUGAACAGCUAGAGAAGAUGUGGAAUACUUGAGCCAAACACCUUCCUCCUUCCCCCCCCCCCCCUCCGUUAAUGACUCCAGCCUGAUGAAUGACUCUUUAUCCCGUUCUCAGAGGCUUUUUAAAGUGUUGGCCAUUAUUCAGUCAUUAAAUAAAUAUCAAAGGAGCUUGGCAUGCCACAGCAAGGAAUCAAUUGUGGGCAGGCCUUUAUGAGAAAUCCCGACAUUUGCAUCUCCCGGGGCUCACUUGGCAUGCAGAGGGGAAAUGCGACCUGUUUGCUCAAGGCGGGUGUUGGAAAGGCUGCCGGCUGGGCAGCACUUUCGUAAUAAGCGUAAUGACAGCGAUCAGUUCAACUGAAGUACUUUACCUUCAAGCAGCUCGAGGCCAUUUACAAACUCUGGUGAAUUACACCUUUUAAUCUGCUCUAGUGGGAGAUGGGGAGCACGUUCUGGGAUCUGAUGCCAGGGUGCUGGGCAUGAGGCAAGGAACAGCCUUACCCGGAUGGGGGAAUGAAGGCAGAACGAAGCGAACUCACUUGCCUGAGGUCGCACCCCAUGUCAAUGACAGCUGUACAUUCAGGAGUCCCGACUCCCCGUCCUGCUGCUUUAACCACUAGGGAAACUUUCUUUGAUACAUAUACUUGAAAACAACUGUUUGAAUUCAUCUCUUUGUCUCACCGGUGUCGUGGUUUUUGUAACCAGACAGCGCCAGAGGGAGGGAGCCCAUGGUCUGAGAUCAUUUAAGGUGAAUGGGAACCGGCUCCCAAUCAGAAAAAUGUAUCUGUUUGUUUUUGCAUUACUCUAUUAUUGGUCCCACCAGGUCCACCCUCCCCUACCCAGCAACGACUCCAGCCUGAUGAAUGACUAGUUAGCAAUGGUCACCAACUGUUGCUUCCAAGGAAGGCAAAACAUCCGUCACACUGGUGGCCACCUUCUUCCUGCCCCCAGCUGGUGAACGGCUUCUGGCUUGAUGCUGUGUCCAAGGAGAUGGUGGAACUCCAUCAUCUAUGGCGGAACCCUUCCCCACUCUUCCUCCAGAGGCUGCAGAAUCUGCCCUGCCACUGGAAACACUUGUCCAUGUCCUAUUCAUAGGGUCCCAAAGAGCCAGCUUUUUGCCUUUGAAAUACCUCAGGUAGCAGCAAAUGUCAGGCAAUCUAGAAGGGGAGACCACAGUGUUGUGGAGCCCCAACCUUCCCUUCUUUCUCAGUGGGAUCCCAGAAGGUUCUGUGAAUUGCAACAACAUCUUUGGACUUAAACCCUAAUGGCACGCCACAUCCUCAGGAAAUGCUUUGCAAGCAUUGAUCCUCACGACAACCCAGUGACUGGUCCAUGUUGUCAUCCCCAUUUAAGGGACAGAGCAACUGAGACACAGAUUGGUGCAAAUCUAUCCCAGGAGUUGGUGGCAACGCUGGGAUUAGAAUUGAGGAACUCCUAGGUACAGGACAUGUUUUGCUGCUGAAAUAAAAUACCCUGUUGUUUAAAAAAUAAAUGAUGGACUACGUCAUAGGGAAGGUCUUAAGUUUCUGUUUGCACUCACUCCCCAUCUGUCCCUCCGUGCACAGAUAUAUAAAGGGAACACAAUGUCCAGCUUUUAGAAUUCUUUCUUUAUUGGGGGAUUAGUAACUCUAAUCUCUCACUCAUCUGCCUCCUUUGUUAUCAAGAAGGAUAUUAAGGGCCAAGGCUGGUAAAUUACUGCGUCUCCUUCACUGUGGUGGUGGUGUUGGGGAUACUGUGGUCUUCCAACUCCAAUUGAAGGAUUGGAGUCCUAGAUCCUCUACCGCUUGGAUUUACAAGUUGUGUCAGUGGUUCAUGUCUGGUUCCCCCUCCAGUACCUUUGUUUUUAGGUGUGGAUGGUGGGAAGUUAUCUCAGCACUGAAAAUCCACUUGUGACUGGAAGUUAGCCAGUGGAACUGAAGCUCCCGGACUGGCUCCCAUGUUGUGUUUGGCACACUGAAGCCAUUGGGCCUGCCUUUGUGAGGUGUUGGGGGCCCUUUGCGGGCUGAAGAGCACGCAGCAUCUUGCAGGCUCAAGCCUUUGUGCUGCAGAAAUUCCGAAGGGAAAACUCGGCUAGCUUAGCUGCCGCUUUGCGUUGGAUUUUCAAGGGCUCAGCAACCACCACUGGGGCCAGGUUCUCUAUGGUGCUCAGUCCCCAGCAGCGCCCAGCGUCUGAGAGUUCAGCACCCAGCGCGCCGAGCUCCUUAGACAAUCUGGCCACUUACGUAGGACCCUAAAUGGGAGCUAAGCUCUUUUUGAAAGUCUGGCUCCAAGCGCUCUUGUCCUUCGGCUGGUACCGGUGGCUGCUAUUUGGUAACUGCCAGGUGAGUUUGGCAUUGGUGCAAGCAGCUUGAAGGGGCCAUGCCAACGGGGCGGUGAGGACUGAUGCACUCUUCCCAAUCCAAGGCACUGCCCUCAUGCUCUAGAUGCCUGUGCUGGAGCCAUGGGAACCCCCACAGUAACAAACCCUUGAGCUGACAACUGAACCCCUCCGGCAAAGUAUGGAGCACUUUAAAAAAAUGUGUUUGUUUAGUCUGAACACUUGCUAGCUUCAUUCUUUUGGGUAAAUAAGCCGUUUCCUAACCUCCUUGGGAGGGUUUCUUUCUCCUCUCUCUCUCGGUUUGUUCUCAGUUGCCAGCGCCGCUGCUUUCCUGCUCCCACCAGCCUCUGCUGUUGAAUGUGGGAGGAAAGCUUGGAGCCUGUGGCUCGGCCCUUGGCCAGCGUGCGGCACUGUGUGCUGAGAAGCAGUUCCUGCUUUCCCUAGAUGCAGUCAGGUGAGGAGAUGGCUAUGGGGCAUGUACUUGUCAUUCUGCCUGGCUUGUGAGGUGUGACCUGAAUCCAUAAACUGCGGCAACUUCCGGCGGAGCAUAGUCAUCCAGCCUGAACACUAGCUGGCUCUGAAUCCCCUCUGCUUCCAUGGGAGUCCAAAGCCAAACUACCAUUGGUGUCAGUGGCAACCAGAUCAGGCCGUCUUAGGGGAAUGCAGCUCCUCCACCCACUGCAGUCAGCAAUGCGGGAGUCAUUUCCUCCGGCCACUGGGGGAAAUGGCUUUGGCAAGGGGGUUUCAAAGGAGCCUAAAGGAGUUAGGCACUCACUCCCUGGUGAAUUUCAGCUGGAUUUGGGAUGCAAACUCCCUUCAGCCCCUUAGGAAAGCUCAACCUUGGUCACUGUCAGGGUUCAAUUUGUGGGGAACAAAAGGCCAGGCACAGCUGGGAUUGGAGAGGGAGUACAGGUCUCUGCAGAGAUUCCUCCCCCGGCUCAUGGGCACACACGUGGCACGUGUUUUGUGGGGAGUCAAAUCCCUGCAGGAUUUCUCAGAGUCAGGCCAGAGUGAUGCUGCCCAGCUGGGAUGUCAUUACGUGCGGCUGAGCUCAGUGAAGAUCAGAACCGCCUAGAGCAUUGGGGGAAGGGGUGGAGGAGCUGCUGCCUAGAAGCUGAAGCACCGUGUUUGCUAUUGAAGCAUUGACGCCCCGUGCAGGGAACGUGGCCAGAGGCUGUGCUGGGGGUUCGUUUAUUGGUGUUCUUUGGACUGUACAAACCAAACCUGAAACCCCAGAGAGGGGGCUGCUUAACUGGGGUCUCCUGGGAUCUUUCCCUCUAGCCGCGCAAACUAUGACUCUUCCCCAACCUCUACUAAUGGCAAAAUGCUCCAAUCCUGUCCCUUUGGAGUGUCUCGGGGAGCAGGGGCUGCUGCCAGCCCCUGUCUUCCCCAAGGGCUCUGGGCGUGGCCAGGAUCCUCCGGGGCACCAUGAGGGCUGUUCACAAAGUCUCUUGUAUUCUUUGCAUGACAGAUCAAAGGCACCAGAACAAGGACGUUCCCGAGCAAAUCCUCCAUACCGAUGCAUUGGGCGAUGUCUUCUACUCCACUUGUGAUCACAAGAACGUCGGCAGAGAGAUCGGCUCCAGGUGCAUCUCCCCCCCCCCCCCGGCCACGGGGAGAGGUAAAGGGGACUGGCCCGGUGCACGUACCCCAGUGACGUGUAAGUGCCAUUGAACAUGCAUGGCGCAUGAGAAGCCUGUUUCUCUUCAUUUUUCAGUCCCUGCUGCCUGUCACUUCAUUUGCAGCGUUGACAUUUUGGCUCUUUGUCUCGCUCACCCGCCCACGCCUGCAGAGAGGGGCUGGCUAAGCCUCUUGGGGCUGUACUAUUGCUGAAGAAUGAAGAGAAGCAGGCUUCUCAUCCUCCAUGGCACCUCACUUGUCACUGGGGUGCACCCCCUCCGCAGUGCAUGUAAACCCCCCCACCAUUCUGAGCUCAGGGGCAGCCCUGGGCCACUGGGACCCGGGGAGAAGAGGGGAAUUGUUGGCCAGGGCGACGAAACCAACCCAACUAUCUCCCUCCUCCAAAAGGCACCUUCAGCGUUCACCUGGGACAGCUAUAAGGGACCUGGCCUGGUGUUCCCCUGGGGAUGGCACUGUACACCCGUGGCCCUCUUUAGCUCCCUGCUGCACUGUCAGCAUUGGGUCUGUGCCCAAUUUGUGGUGUGUGACUUGGGAUCUCACUAAUCCCAAGGGGAGGAAAUUCUGCAUUCUCUUCUGGCACAGGGCCAUGGGGCCUGGGCUUGGCAGCUGUUUGGUUAGAGCAAAUGUCCUAAGGCCCAGAGUGUGCGUGCGGGGAGCGCCGGAGGGGGAGCGGUUUCUCCUGAUCUCUGCAAGAGAUUCCUGCUGCUCUUUGUCAGGGCUUGUCGAAGGGGAAGCAACCCCCAAGUUGUCACUGGGCUACAUCUGAGAGCAACUUGGGACUCACUCUCUGCCACUGACAUCACAGCGUGGGUCGUUCCAGCGCUACUGGAAGGAGGCAGACCAGGAGACUGAAUCCCUCGGCACCCGUGGGACAGUUCCAGCACAGACAACAGCAGUGCAAGCUCCCACCCCCUCUUCCUUCCCCCUGCCCCUUGCUAACGUGACCUAUCCCUAACCCGAAGGCACCCCUCUGGUGCGAGAGCCGUCUCCCUGGCCCCUUCUGUCCUCAGGGCCCCCAGCCAUGCCACGGUGCGUGGGAUGUGGACAUGUGCUCUUUGGAACUGGAUUUCACUUCACACAGGCUGCUGAGCAGCUAGCAGAUGGCGGUGGCGACUUCCAGUUGCUACCGACCUGGGACGAAUUUGACUUACUGAACACUGAAUCCAGCCAAUACAUCCCAGGCCCGAUCCCUGGAGGCAGAACACUCGGGAUUGUCGCUUACUAGGAAACAUGUUACCCAGGACUGGUUUGUUUAUUUCCAUGGCCUCCUUCAUCCCCAUGAUCCUAAAGUGCAUGCAGGUCUCCGUACUGUUGUUUGGGAGGGUAGGUUUAAACUUUAAACAUACCAGCAAGGUAUUAACCCGGGGGGGGGAAUUGUAUUGUUUUCCAAACUGACCUGUAAAUUAAGAAUGCAUUUGAUGUCUUCAGACAUCGUUUACCUGAACUCUGACUGCAAGUUACUAAGAGAGAUUAAACUACUGUAUUAAUAACCCUCGAGCCGUUUAAGGCACUGGCUAAGCAGUUAUUUAUAACCGGGAUGCUACCUGUGCUAUUUUUAACCUUCUCUCUGUAGGGAACUAGGUUUAAAUGUAGCAUGUGUCUGCUUUUAACAGCCCCGGUAGCUUACGCUGCACUGAGGAGGUAUUGAUAGGCUGCAAGCUGUUAGUUACCAGUACCAGACAACACAACACGGUGGUGUUAGAUCCUGAAUCAUUAGCAGAGUCGCUGGACAGGCCUAUGCUAUGGAAUCGCAUGGUUGAAUGAAACAGUCACAAAAUGUCAGGUCUUUGUUUAUGGACCUGAUGAGAGCUGGCAUUGUGGGGGGAAUUGAGGGAUUGUGUUUCUUAGCAACAGCUGACCCCUCCCACCCAAAGACAGAGAGGGAAUAUAGUCCCUGAUGGGUGGCAUCAUGAAUGUUAGAGCAGGGAAAAUUCCCCCUUGCAGAACUCCUUAUUAGAGCUGGGAAUGCCUUCUAGUCUUUGCCCUGCGGGCCAGGGGCUUGCCCGAGCUAUGCUUUUGGUUAGACCACGUACUAGCACAGCCAUUGCCCCGCGACCCCCCUCUAACUGCGGCUUGUUACUCACCUGCUGCAUCUUGUUUUUAACUGAACUGGGAGCUCUUUGGGGCAGGGACCGUGUCCUCCUCUGGGUGGCGGAGGCGCCCAUCCUGGCCAGGGCUUCUGGGUGCUAGACAGUACAUAGUGCUCCCUUCAGGGAACGCAAGAGCUGUGUUGGGGAAUCCCAGAGCAGGAAGGGGCUGAGCCUACAACGCCUUCUCAGGAGUGGGUGACUGGGGCUACCUGCCAUGCUGUGACCCCGUUUGAUCCCCUAUUAGAAACCGAAGAACGGUUCUUUCCCCAGCACUCCUUGUCUCAGUCCUUUCCCCUUUCUAGCACCGUCCAGUGUCACAGGUAGGAGUGCGCGGAGCUCUGCGGUCCUGCUGGGAGGUAGGUGUUAUCCCACAGUUCACAUAUGGGGAAAUGUCGGGUAGGCUUUUCCCAAGGGUUUGUGCAGCACCUAGCACAGUGGGGUCCUGGUCCAGGAAUGGGGCUAGUAGGUGCUACCACAGUACAAACAAUAAAUAACUGCUAAUGUCUUAGAAGUAAAACCGACGAGUCCUGUCUCACAGUGCUUUAGCCAGAACUAUCUGUCGGCUGUCUGUCAGUGCGGUGCUGGGCAGAGCCGGGCUCGGGUCCUUGGGCAGGGGCUUAGGUAACGUUUUGCUCCAAGCCGGCGGAAGGGGAAGCCCCCUUCUGUGUGCUGCACACGCUGGAGCAGAAGCCCUGGGAGAUUAACCCUGCAGGCUCCAGCGUCCCCCAGGCAGCAUGUCUCCUCCUUGCCCAAGCCUUCCUGAUUAAAUCAUCUUGAGGUAAUUCUGCGUGUCAUUGAGACAGAUUAACGGGUGACCUUCUUCUCCCAGAAUGGGAUUGGAAGCUGAUGCUGAGCUCCCUUACCCUGCGCGCUGCGAGAGGAUUUGCAUCCAGAACUGAUGGGAAGAUGCGUGGAGGCGGAUGGGAUUCCAAACCUUAGGCUGGCCCCAGCCCAGUGACGAGGCUCCGGAUUGCGUCGGGAAAGUUGGUGGGAGAGUUGGCUGGAAGGAGAGGGGUUGCACACCUUGGGCUCGCCUGUUCCUGCCCUGGCAGGGCACUCAGUUGGAAAGAUGAGGACUCCCCACCGGAGAAGGUGCAAAGCCCUGGGGUAGCGCCCCGGCCCCCGAUCAGCCAUGGUGCUGCCCAUCGCCAGCAGCAGCAUGGAGCUGCAGCAGGACAACGGGCUCUGUGUCCGCAACAACAUCGGCGGCUGCCGGCUGAAGUACGAGGAGCCUCGGAGCAGGAGGAACUCCAUCCCCCCCGUGCAGACUCCCACCGCCAAGCACAUGCUUGCCUACCUGCCCCGGCCCCCGACGGACACCAGCAGAUAUGGCGCCUUCCCUCAGAAGCCUGAAAUGAUGGUCAUCCCCAUGGGCCUAUCAGCAGAGAGCCAACAGCAAACAGACCCUGCGGCUGAAAAGAAAAAUGCCCCGAUGUCAAACUUUGUGCCCCACUCCUGUGGCUCAAACAUCCCCAAUGACAGAUCAGUCCUUCAGAGGAGACUCAGUAUGGUGGAGCAGACCAGCACAGGUGCGGUGGUACCCAUGAAGCACCGGCCCAGCGUCUCCAUCAACACUGAAGAUUUGCCCAAGUACCGCCGGGCAUCGCGCAAUGAUCCCCUGCCUCCACUCCGGGACAUCAACACCCGGUGGUACCCACGGCAUGCUCUCAGUGUGCCCAACAUCCCCAACUCAGCACGGAAAAAAACGCCCACCCGGAGCAUUGUCUCCAUGACCCCCUCAGAGAAACCUCAGAACCGGCGCUGCAAGCUCAUGGACGACGAUCGGCAGUUCAGCUCCGCCAACAAGCAGCAGCGGCAGCGCUAUGUGACCAAAAUGGGCAAGUGCCAGGUGAAUCUGGGCCGCAUCCAGGAAAAGAAGAGGUUCCUGUCGGACAUUUUCACCACCAUUGUGGACCUCAAGUACCGCUGGUUCCUUUUUGUCUUCAUGAUGUGCUACAUCGUCACCUGGGUGGUCUUUGGCAUCAUCUACUUCUUCGAUGCCUGGAUUAGGGAUGACGUCAACCACAUAGGAGACCCGGAGUGGAAGCCUUGCAUCGAGAAUGUGGACAAUUUCAUAUCUGCCUUACUUUUCUCCGUGGAAAGUCAAAGGACCAUUGGUUAUGGCUCCCGGAUUGUGACAGCCGAUUGCACUGAGGGCGUCAUUUUGCUGAUGGCCCAGUCCAUCGUUGGGUCCAUGAUAGAUGCCCUCAUGGUGGGAUGCAUGUUCGUCAAGAUCUCCAGGCCCAAGAAGCGCGCCCAGACCUUAAUAUUCAGCAAGAAGUGCGUUGUCUCCCACCGGGAUGAGAAACUCUGCCUGAUGUUCCGCAUCGGCGACCUCCGGGACAGCCACAUGGUGGAUGCGAAAAUAAGGGCCAAACUGAUCAAAUCCAGACAAACCAAGGAAGGGGAGUUCAUCCCCUUGGAGCAGUCGGAGCUGAACCUGGGCUAUGACACAGGGGAGGACAGGCUCUUCUUGGUGGAGCCACAGAUCAUCUGCCACGUCAUCAAUGACCACAGCCCCUUCUGGGAAAUGACAGCAGAGUCGCUGAAGAGGGAGCAGUUUGAGAUCAUUGUGAUCCUGGAGGGCAUCGUGGAAGCCACAGGAAUGACAUGUCAAGCCCGGACCUCUUACAUAGAGGACGAGAUCCUUUGGGGAUAUCGGUUCGAGCCCUGCAUGACCCUGGAGAAAGGAGCCUUUCGAGUAGACUACAGCAGGUUUGAGAAGACAUUUGAGGUGCAGACCCCAGCAGCCAGCGCCAAGGAGAUGUACGAACUGAAGGAGAUGGAACGUCAGGACCAGUCCACCCUGAGCUUAUACUGGGACCACCUGGUGCAUCCCUGCUUCUCAGCCGAGCUGAACGAUGUCCUGCAGGAUGAGGGUCCCAGUGAGGAAACCCUGGCCAGGCUGGGCAUCCCCAACAUCACAGAGGAGGAAAUGAGUGCCGAGUUCCAGAGCCAGAUCGGUGUCUGAGCUCCUCCCCAACACAGAGUGACAGGAGACACCCCAGUGCAGCCACUUGUCUGCCCCAAGUACAAGUGCUGCUGCUUUGCAUCCGGAGAUGUCCCUGGUGCAAGCGGGGGGAGAGGCAAAGGGAAAGAUGCACUGCUGCUCUCCGGCCAACCUGAGCGUGCAUUGAGGUCUUCACCAGUGAGCUCUGUGGUGGAGCCAUUGUGCUCUCUCUUUCUCCAAUUCGGGCAGUUGAUGCUACCUUCCUAUGGAGGAGGUGGUGGGGUUAAAGACCCCUGUAGCUCCCUACUCCAGGCUGGGGUAAGGGACCAGGGAAAUGUGGAACAAGGGCUUGGGCCACACAGCCAGGAGGCUCAUCAGCCAUUGACUGUUAUGUGGAGGAAAUGUCACCUUCCCUGUGCGUAUAAGGUACUACCCUGGGGUAGGCCAUAAGCAGCAGAGAUCAACUUGAGACCUGUAGAUCUUACGGCCUGUGCUAAAUGACCAGCUCUGCUAGCUCAAGGGCUGUAGCAGAGAGUGACAGAGAGCCCCCCUGGGUGGGUGUGGGUCACAUGACACAAGAAUUAACAAUCCCACCUUCAGACACCCCAGGGAGUGCCGCUUGGAGGGGGACAGGGAACCCCUCUCCACAGUCUCUGGUUCCCAUUAUGUCCACAUCAGGCACUUUAGGGUUUGUGCAGCCCUUUUGGUUUCAUACAUUCUCCUGCCACCAUGCCAUGUCCUUCAUGGACUGUAGGUACCCAGAGCUGGUGCUUCCCCCAGACACAGCUCGGGCACUCACGUGGAAGUGUCUCCUACUGACAGUGCCAUAUGGAACUCUCGCUCUGUACGGUGUAUCCCUCCCCACUCCUUCCCUGUGUCCUCUGACCGCUGUCCCCACCCUCUCAACACAUCCUGCGUCUCCAAGUCGAGCUGCAGCUAAGUGGAAUUAUUUUUGCUAAAUCUUUUGUAAUAAGGUCAUGGAAAAACAAAAAAAUUCAGCGGGUGAUUAAAAUCUCUCAAAC